UUGUUUAUAAAAAAAAACCAUCAUUUGUAUUGAUUUUCCGUCGCUUUUCUCGCUAUUGAGUUUCUCUACUGAAAAUCAAUUAUUUUAUUAUUAAACCUAUUUCAUAAUACUAAAUAUAGCUUAUAGGUAAAAUGAGUGCCAUAGCGCAGCAAGAGUGCCAUGUUAAGGAGAGUUUAUUUCAGUUUAUUAAUAAAAACAUCCCUUCUGCGGACGUGAGUGUUAUAGACGACAUUGUACUCUCAUACGUGAUUUCCAUCCUGGAGGAAGCUUCCCAGGACCCGUGCUUCGACUUAGACGGUUUUAUCGAAAUGAUGUCAGCCUACAUACCUAAGUUUGCGACCAUUGAUUCAACCCUGGUUUGCUCAUGGGUUCUGGAACUAGAAGCUGAGCUGUCGAGGAGAGAUGUUUCCGACACCAUGUCCAAUCAUGAUGAAUCUGCCGAAAAUGACAAGAUCACCCUCACCCUGCAGAGUCUGAAUGAAAUGCUUCCAUCCGUCACAAAGAACAAUCGUUCACACUCGAAUUCGGAGAACUCUGAAUGUUCGGAGACUACGGAGCGCCGAUCUCUCAUCGACGGCGAAGAGUACUCGGAGCAGUGCAAGGCGCUCAACGAGAUGUUUCCCAACACUUGCGCAAUGGAGAUCAAGCACUGCGUGUCGAUCGCGUGCGGCGACGCAGAGCGUGCGGCGGCGACGCUGCUGCACCGGCGCGAGCAGGGCCAGGCGCUGUCGGCCGCCGCGCUGCACGCCGCCGCCAAGCAGCCCACCUGCGACGACCAGGAGCUCAAGAGCCGCAUCAUCGCGCGAUACUCGUACGUGGACAAGAAUUCGCAGGCGAAGGAGCACCGGCCGCUGGCGCCGAAGAUCGAGCCCAAGAAGUUGGUGCGCUACCGGGACAACAAGAUCGUGUCGCUCAAGGGGGAGCGGUACACUGAGGUGCCAAAGUCUGGAAUCGACGAGGAGCAUUUAAAGAAGCCGAAAAAACAGCAUUGCCCUUAACCAUUAAAACCACGUCAGUACGGUGGAAAAGCGGACCCGCGCGCCGCUCACGUCUCCCUUCUCGCCCCACUCGUCCCCUCCCCCGCGCGGCCCCGCACUCGCGACCAACCGAAACAUACGCGCGAAUUCUCACACGUUCGCUCUGCGAAUACGCGCGAAUACUCAACUAGAAUACGUGAAACUGAUGAUUGUGUGCGAAUUUAUUUAGAUAAACCAACGAAUGUGUACGAAUAUCUAGCUAGUAUAAUACGCGCAAACCUGUGUGUAUACAUUAAAAUAACGAACGCGUAUACUCUGCGAAAUCAUUCGCGAAGCACACGCUUUCGGUGUUUACACUACUUAGUGAAGUGCGUUUGCGAAUACGUUUUCAAAAUACGCGCAAAUGUGUCACAUUCGCAUAAAUACUUAGAUAAUUUUCACGCAAAUGUGUCAACUUCGCGUGCCCACCUAUGUAGGAUUAACGUGAUUUUCGCAUAUACGCGUAAAUACCUAACUGAAAUAGGUUUAAGUAUAACGAAUUGUACGCGCGAACACCUAACUAACGCGCGCGUUACAAACGUUUCCAAUUUUAGGGAUAUAAAUAUUCGCCCAUUGACGUGGGUCAAAAGUGAUUUCGCGCAAGUUUCGCGCGCGUGUCUCCGUUGCAGCGUUCGCGGGCGCGCAAUUUGUCGUGUUAGUGUUAGUGUAGUUACCGCGCGUGAUUCGCAAAUUUUUUACGCGGCGAUUUUUUUAACCGCUUUUUCCAGUACUGAUUUUUUUAAUGAGUUUAUCGGCUCCCCCGUACACGGGUGUGUUUGUAGUCAGUUAUUUAAUUUAGUUCGCGUAUUUAUUGUUAAGUUUAGACACUCUUUAAGGCAGCUCAGUAUUAUUUACACUAGCAACACUAUGGCAUCAUAUUAUUGUAACGUUAUAGGAAUGAAAAAAUGUGUUCAAUUUGAUAGGGAAAUAAUAGGAACAAAUUUUUCGAGUGAGGUGGAUGCCAUAGAUAGUGAUAUGUGUAUUGCAAGCGACUUAGAUAGCGAGCCGCCGCAGUGCCCCGAGGCGCGCCGCUGUGCCCCGGGGCACUCCGGCGCACCAAUCAAUCUAUUCACUAUAGUUUUAAGUGGAACCUUUACACCUGUGAUUUUUAACUGUUAUAAUUUUAUUGAAAAUGUGAUUUGUAUAAUAGUUUCGUCGUUUUUAUACUCGUCUGUGAUUUUGAUGCCAUUGACUAUUAUAUAUAGUUUACCCUAUAAGCGGUUGAAUUUUUAAUUUUAGGUUUUUAUUACUAUAUUAUUAUAUUCAUAAUAGAUUUUAUUAUUCUUUGUUACCAGUGCGCGUGUGCGCGCUAAACUGUGAUGAUUUUUUUUGUAGGUUUCCGAUAUUUGUUAGUGAUUUAAUAAAAUUUCAUUAAUUAAUUAAUUAAUAUAAUAAGUAAGUACAUAUUGACAUAAAAUUAAUUUUGACUUUGACUUUUGAUUUCGUUCUUAAUGACGUAAUGAAAAAUGUGUAUUUUAAGCUUUAUUGUUGUACUGAAAGUUAAUUACGAAAUCUCAAUAAUAUAAUUUUAUCAUAAGUUAAAAGAAACUGAUAUUCCUCGAAUAUUUAUAAUUUAUUGCUUGCGCGUCAAAUUUGCGUGUUAAGUAAUAU